GCCCAGCUGAUCCACGACCGCAACACGGCCUCUCACUCCACAAUGAACGACAAAGCCACGCCAGAUCGCGUCCACAUGACCUGGACCAAAGACAAACUGAUCAACGAGAGGAACAGACAGAGAGAGGCCAUGGCAGUUAAAGACAUGUUUAACAUGAAACCUGAGUGGGAGAAUCUCAACCAGUCCAACGUGCGGAGGAUGCACACGGCUGUGAAGCUCAAUGAGGUGGUCGUCAAGAAAUCCUGUAAUUCAGACCUGGUCCUGCUCAACAUGCCCGGACCACCGAAGAACAAGAAAGGAGACGAGAACU